CCCUCCACCACCUCCAGCCCAGGGCCAUGCUGCUGGUCAGACUGGAUCAACGGGCAUCACCCGAGCGGCGGCAGUGAUGAUGGAGACUGGGAGACAUUCGACCAUGUCUGCACGGCCCCGCGAGACAUCCAGUGCCGGUCGGCCACGGAGCCCCACCUCAGCUGGCGGGAGCUGGGCCAGGAGACACAGUGUAAUGUCUCCUUUGGGUUCAUUUGCAAGAAUGAAGACCAGUUUGGAAAGGGACCUUUUGCAGUCUGCUAUGACUAUGAGAUCCGAGUCUAUUGCUGCGAGAAAAUGGACUGGUGUGCACCCACCCCGACCACCACCACGUUGCCAACGAGCAGUCCUACAGUUACUACAGUGGUGCCCAGCCCCACACCGAGCACCCUAACCCCCACCAUUACAACAUCCACACCUACAACAGAAGCCACCAGCACCCUGACCACGACCCCGCAGACCAGAACAACGACACCCACCACGACCUCAACAGAGCCCCCAACUUCGACCUCCACCACCCCGGAGACCACAACCCCCAGCACGACCUCCACCACAGAGACCACAACCCCUCCAUGUUUGCCUGUCUGCAAUUGGAGUGGCUGGCUGGAUUCUGCUAAACCGAACUUUACCAAAGAAGGUGGAGAUAUUGAAGCCAUUGAAAAUGUCUGCAGAAUGGGCUCAGUAGCCAGCAUCUCCUGCAGAGCCGCCAUGUUUCCCAGCGUUCCCCUGCAAGAGCUUGGACAAACUGUGGUGUGCGACACUUCUGUAGGGCUUGUGUGCAAAAACCGAGACCAGAAUCCAGGGGGAGCCACCCCCAUGCCUUACUGCCUCAACUAUGAGAUCAAUGUCUACUGCUGUGUUCCUCGCCCUGAAUGCCUCACAACGUAUCCCACCAGCACCUCGCAGAUCACAACCACGACACCCACCACCACCUCAACAGAGCCCCCAACUUCGACCUCCCCCACCACGGAGACCACAACCCCCAGCACGACCACCAGCACCGGGACCACAACCCCCAGCACGGCCACGACCACGGAGACCACAACCCCCAGCACGAUCACCACCACGGAGACCACAACCCCUCCAUGUGUGCCUGUCUGCAGUUGGACCGGCUGGCUGGAUUCUGCUAAACCGAACUUUACCAAAGAAGGUGGAGACGUUGAAUCCGUUGAGAAUGUCUGUAAUUUAGGCUCAGUAGCCAGGAUCUCCUGCAGAGCCACCAUGUUUCCCAGCGUUCCCCUGCAAGAGCUUGGACAAACUGUGGUGUGCGACACUUCUGUAGGGCUUGUGUGCAAAAACCGAGACCAGAAUCCAGGGGGAGCCACCCCCAUGCCUUACUGCCUCAACUAUGAGAUCAAUGUCUACUGCUGUGUUCCUCGCCCUGAAUGCCUCACAACGUAUCCCACCAGCACCUCGCAGAUCACAACCACGACACCCACCACCACCUCAACAGAGCCCCCAACUUCGACCUCCCCCACCACGGAGACCACAACCCCCAGCACGACCACCAGCACCGGGACCACAACCCCCAGCACGACCACCAGCACCGGGACCACAACCGCCAGCACGACCACCAGCACCGGGACCACAACCCCCAGCACGACCACCACCCCGGAGACCACAACCCCCAGCACGGCCACCACCACGGAGACCACAACCCCCAGCACCACCACCACCACGGAGACCACAACCCCAAUACCUACCUUCAGCACCACCUCCACAGGGACUCCUACUCCGACACCCACCACCAGCUCCACAGUGACCCCAACCCCAACAGUCACCACCUCAACAGAGCUUCCAACUUUGACCUCCACCACCAUGGAGACCACAACCCCCAGCACAACCACCACCACUGAGUCCACAACCCCAAAACCCACCAUCAGCACCACCACCACAGGGUCUCCUAUUCCGACUCCCACCACCACCUCCACAGAGCCUCCCACUUCUACCUCCACCAGCACUGAGACCACAACCCCCAGCACAACCACCACCACGGAAUCCACAACCCCAACACCCACAAGCACCACUUCCACAGGGACUCCUACUUCGACUCCCACCACCACCUCCACAGAGCCCCCCACUUCGACCUCCAUCACCACGGAGACCACAACCCGCAGCACAGCCACCACCACGGAGUCCACAACCCCAACACCCACCAUCAGCACCACCUCCACAGAGCCUCCCUCUUCGACCUCCACCACCAUGGAGACCACUAGCCCCAGACCAGCCACCAUCACGGAGUCCACAACCCCAACACCCACCAUCAGCACCACCUCCACAGGGACUCCUACUCUGAUACCCACCACCACCUCCACACUUGGACAAACUGUGGUGUGCGACACUUCUGUAGGGCUUGUGUGCAAAAACCGAGACCAGAAUCCAGGGGGAGCCACCCCCAUGCCUUACUGCCUCAACUAUGAGAUCAAUGUCUACUGCUGUGUUCCUAGCCCUGAAUGCCUCACAACGUAUCCCACCAGCACCUCGCAGAUCACAACCACGACACCCACCACCACCUCAACAGAGCCCCCAACUUCGACCUCCCCCACCACGGAGACCACAACCCCCAGCACGACCACCAGCACCGGGACCACAACCCCCAGCACGGCCACCACCACGGAGACCACAACCCCCAGCACCACCAUCACCACGGAGACCACAGCCCCAACACCUACCAUCAGCACCACCUCCACAGGGACUCCUACUCCGACACACACCACCAGCUCCACAGUGACCCCAACCCCAACACUCACCACCUCAACAGAGCCCCCAACUUCGACCUCCACCACCCCGGAGACCACAACCCCCAGCACGAUCACCACCACGGAGACCACAACCCCUCCAUGUGUGCCUGUCUGCAGUUGGACCGGCUGGCUGGAUUCUGCUAAACCGAACUUUACCAAAGAAGGUGGAGACGUUGAAUCCGUUGAGAAUGUCUGUAAUUUAGGCUCAGUAGCCAGGAUCUCCUGCAGAGCCACCAUGUUUCCCAGCGUUCCCCUGCAAGAGCUUGGACAAACUGUGGUGUGCGACACUUCUGUAGGGCUUGUGUGCAAAAACCGAGACCAGAAUCCAGGGGGAGCCACCCCCAUGCCUUACUGCCUCAACUAUGAGAUCAAUGUCUACUGCUGUGUUCCUCGCCCUGAAUGCCUCACAACGUAUCCCACCAGCACCUCGCAGAUCACAACCACGACACCCACCACCACCUCAACAGAGCCCCCAACUUCGACCUCCCCCACCACGGAGACCACAACCCCCAGCACGACCACCAGCACGGAGACCACAACCCCUCCAUCUUACUGCCUCAACUAUGAGAUCAAUGUCUACUGCUGUGUUCCUCGCCCUGGCUGCCCCACAACAUAUCCCACCACCAUCUCACAGAGCAGUACCACGGCACCCACCACCACUGCAACAGAGACUCCAGCUCCAGCCUCCAGCACAACGGAGGCCACAACCCCCAGCACCACCACCACCACGGAGACCACAACCCCCAGCACCACCACCACCACAGAGUCCACAACCCCAACACCCACCAUCAGCACCACCUCCACAGGGACUCCUACCCCGACACCCACCACCACCUCCACAGUGACCCCAACCCCAACACUCACCACCUCAACAGAGCUUCCAACUUUGACCUCCCCCACCACGGAGACCUCAACUCUCAGCACAACCACCCCGACGGAGACCCUGAUCACCUCUCCCCUCCGCACCUCCAUAACCGGCCCUAGUGCCGCCACCAUAGAGAAAUGCUGCGAGUUGAAUGGAGAAUUCUACAGCCCAGGCGAAGUGACGUACAACGUCACCGAAGGAGGCAUGUGCCAUUACGCGCACUGUUUGCAGUCUUGUGAACUCAAGUUCUUCAAUUGGUCGUGCCCGUCCACACCCUCUACAACGCUCAGCCCGCUCCCCACCACCACGGCCCCAUCAUCCACAGCCUCAAGCGUGUCCACCACCACCCACCCUCCCGGGUGCCUGGACUUCAACCCUCCCAGAAAGGAGAACGAGACGUGGUGGCUUUUGCUGAGGGACGUCACCAGGAAGCAGCGGUGA